UCACGUUUUGGAGGAGGGGGAGGAGGAGGGUGUGUUUCCAGCGGGGACAGUCCCGUUAAACGGAGCGGUGGAGCGGACAGACAUUUUCAUCCUGUACGGACACAAACACAGCAAAAAUAGAUAGAAGAAAAGGAGGAGCAGAAGAAACUUAACCAGUUUUUCUUGUUUGAGGUCAAAGUUCAACAGUCACCAUGGCGGACGAAGCGGACAUGCGCAAUGAGCUGGCCGACCUGCAGACACGUGCGGACCAGAUAGCUGAUGAGUCCCUGGAGAGCACUCGGCGUAUGCUGGCUCUGGUUGAAGAGAGUAAAGAUGCCGGAAUCAGGACUCUGGUCAUGUUGGAUGAGCAGGGAGAACAACUGGAGCGCAUCGAGGAGGGGAUGGACCAAAUCAAUAAGGACAUGAAGGAUGCAGAAAAGAAUUUGAACAAUCUAGGACAGUUCUGUGGUCUUUGUUCAUGUCCCUGUAACAAAAUGAUUAAGGGCGGGGGCCAGGCCUGGGGAGCGAACCAGGAUGGAGUGGUGAACAGCCAGCCAGGGGCUAGAGUGAUGGACGAACGUGAACAGAUGGCCAUCAGCGGGGGCUUCAUCCGCAGGGUAACAGAUGACGCCCGGGAGAAUGAGAUGGACGAAAACCUGGAGCAGGUGGGCGGGAUCAUUGGCAAUCUGCGUCACAUGGCCCUGGACAUGGGCCAGGAGAUCGACACCCAGAACCGCCAGAUCGACAGGAUCAUGGAGAAGGCUGAUUCCAACAAGACCAGGAUUGACGAGGCCAACCAGCGUGCUACAAAGAUGUUGGGCAGUGGCUAAACUGUAGCGACGAGCGCUUUCACCUCCCCUGUAACCCCCGGUCACCCCUAAAAAUAACGACACCGACCAAACCCAGCCCCCCAAACGCCGACGCCCGGCGGCCACUUCCUUCGCUCGACUGCAGGCGCUGCAAAACCAUGCUUUUGUUGUGAUACUGGUAGAGGUUUGCACACAUUCACAUAUCAUACAUCUCGCUGCUCUUCCCCCCAUCGCUGCGCAUCACUUAAAACCCCCCCGUCCCCUCCCGACCCUCGUCGUCAGUGUUGUUCUGUGAUGUCGCUCUUUUGAUUUUGUCAAGAAAUAAUAGUUCUGUUACUCGGGGUCCUCUCAGACUCUCGCCACGCUGUACAUAGCGCUUCUUGGACGGCUUCAGUGACCUAGAUCACGUGUCCUGUCUUCUUCAUCAUUCUUUUUCUUUUUCUUUUUUUUUUAAGUUUAUGUGUAAUAUAAACUGUAUGUACACCUCGUUUCCAAAUAUGUCCUUUCCCCGUGUCGAUAUUCUGGUUUUGUCCACGCAAGACACACUGUGUAUUCAUCAGAUAACAUGUCUACGUGAUAAGGUGAACAUACAGCUUUUUACUGAGGCUGCUGUUUAAACACAGAGUCCUAUCGAGUAGCUGUGGAGCCUCUCCGAUCGUAAUAACAGAGUAGACCGUGGAUGCGUAUUUGGGCCAUUUGGGUAAAAACACGGCAUUUUGUGUGCAUUUUUGUGCACCGGUAAUUCACCAACCCUGUUGAUGGAGCAGUUUUAAAACUAUCUGAUGCCAUGAUUGUGUAGAAUGGAGCUUUUUCCUCAGGGAGCUAAAUCUUGCAAGCAAAGGUUGAACAUUCGAUUGAUGCAUUUCAACUUACAAAACCUUUGUAUUUGUACCAUAAGGGUCGGUCUACAUGAGACGUUUGUUAAUAGUCUGAGCAGUAUUAUUGGUAGGAUUUAUCUACCUGACGAAUAUUAGGCGCCAACCACAACAGCUGACAUGUGAUUGUGAGAGGAGGUCAGAGUCCAACUGUUAGGCAGAGUUACAGAGUUCAACCACCCGAGCAGUAUAAAGUAGUGCAUUAAGUGUGUUAUGCAUGUCCAUCCGCUGCUAGAAAACACUGAAUAAUUCAUUUAUCCAGGCAAAAAUAUCCUAACAUGGCAACUGCAUGCUACAUAUGUAGGCCACACAGAGGAGGGGCUCAUAUUUAUCUGCGAUAGUGCCACUCUUUGUUUCAUGUCCGUUUACCUUUCCAGGCUGUGCCCAUCACUGUAAAAUAAAACCGUGAGAAAUGCCAAUAAAACCAUCAUAACUGUAGAACCAA